CUGUUCGGUGCACUUGUGCGUCACUUCGCCUGUUGCUGCGGACGGAGGAGGCUGUGAGUUCACACCCACAUUCAACAGGCACCGGAUCACAACUGGUUUACGCACGGAUUGGAGAGCUGUCCAGAGCGACUGCAGACCGACAUCGAGGAAGAUAGGGACUCUUUAAUUUGCGCGCAAUGGCGCCUAUGCGCAAAUCCUCUUCUGCCAAUCCAGUUUUGCGCUUCAAUAAAUAGAUUAAAGGACAAAAAAAACAUAUAUUGAUAGAUUAGAUCUUAACUGAGUUCGGAUAAAAGCAGAGGAGGAUGGGGACGCCAUACAACGGAUCCAAUGUAACAUCGAAUUACACCAACCAGUUCGUGCAGCCGCCGUGGCGCAUCGCUCUCUGGUCGGUCGCUUACAGCUCCGUGCUGGCGGUGGCCGUGUUUGGAAACCUCAUCGUGAUAUGGAUCAUUCUCGCCCAUAAGCGGAUGCGGACGGUGACCAACUACUUUCUGCUUAACUUGGCCUUUUCGGACGCGUCGAUGGCCGCUUUUAACACUUUGAUAAACUUUAUCUACGCUGCCCAUGGAGACUGGUACUUCGGGGAUGCCUACUGUAAAUUCCAAAACUUCUUCCCAGUGACAUCUGUGUUUGCAAGCAUCUACUCCAUGACUGCAAUAGCUGUGGACAGAUACAUGGCCAUCAUCCACCCACUGAAGCCCCGUCUCUCAGCAAAGGUCACCAUGGGAGUCAUCGUCAGUAUCUGGAGCAUGGCAGUGGUACUGGCUUUCCCUCUGUGCUAUUUCUCCACCACUCGAGCUCAACCGCACAGAACCAUCUGCUAUGUCGCCUGGCCUCGCAUGGCAGAUGACCACUUUAUGUAUCAUAUCAUAGUGACUGUGCUAGUAUAUGUGCUGCCCUUAGUGGUGAUGGGCAUCACUUACACCAUCGUGGGGGUGACACUGUGGGGUAGUGAGAUUCCUGGAGACUCAUCUGACAAUUAUCAUGGACAGCUCAGAGCUAAAAGGAAGGUGGUAAAGAUGAUGAUCAUUGUGGUGGUGACUUUUGCCCUCUGCUGGUUGCCGUAUCAUCUCUACUUCAUAGCAACCGGUCUCAAUAAACGUCUGAUGAAGUGGAAAUACAUCCAGCAGGUUUACCUGUCAGUGCUGUGGCUAGCCAUGAGCUCUACCAUGUAUAAUCCUGUUAUCUACUGCUGCCUCAACAGCAGGUUUCGAACAGGCUUCAAGAGGGCAUUUCGCUGGUGCCCCUUCAUCAAGGCAUCCAGCUACGACGAGCUGGAAUUACGUUCAAUACGACUGCACCAAACGCGCCAGAGUAGCAUGUACACGCUGACGCGGAUGGAUACCACCAUGGUUGUGGUCUAUGACCCUGCUGAAGGCAACGGCGGAGCAGGAGGAAGCGAGCACUCCCUGCCUGUCAGGAAGAGAAGCUACGUUACCUCACGCCAGUCGGAGAUCAUUACCUCCAGUAGCAGUGGUGUAGGAUCACAAAAUGGGGUCGCACCGAAAGCCGAAAUUGAGGAAUUUUCUUGAAGAGCACAUUUGCUGAGAUUCACAUAAAAACCUAAUAUAUAUACUAUAUAUAUAUAUAUAUAUAAAUGUUUGUGUGUGUACAUAAAGAACUUUAAGCAGCAUAGGCUGUUCAAAAACAGGCACAUGCUGCAGUAGCUUGGCUCAAACACUGCAGUAUGUCUAGGAUUAAAAGUGGACUCUUGUAGAGAGGCUGUGCAAACCAUAAUCAUCUGCCUACUUUCUCAGCCUAACAUGCAGUUCUGACUGCAUGUUUACAUAGCCACUGUUGUUCAAAUGUUAGUUAAAAAAUCUCACAGUAAUCUCACAGCAUUAGAACCUGUAAAAACAAGUAAUCUGAAAGUACAUAUUAGCAGUUAUGUAAGAAUGAAAUAUUUUAUACAUGCCAUUGUAAAACCAUAAGAUAAUGUGAUUUACAGUACACCCUCUCCAGCUUUUCACCCCGUGGCCAUGCAUGGCCACACAUGGACAAGCCUCUGCAGAGUUAUCAGUGGAAAAGCUGUUGACUGAACUCUGCUUAACUCCAUAUGUGGCUCUGAGUUUAACUCUCGGUUAUGUAACAAUUGAACGGGAUGUGCCCCACUAACUGUCAAAAAGCCAGCGGUGAAAUCUAGUAUUCAUUUGCAGCUUAUCAAUACACAGGCUGAGGGAUAGUCUUACUGACGGAAACCUAACAAACCAGUUCAGAGCCGCGUUUUCCAAUGAAGUGAAUUUCCUCAGUUAAGUGCAGCUCGUUUCUUUCUGUGGUUUUACAGUGAAUUCUCAGAAAGCCUAAUGGUUUUGGCUUGUUGUUGCAAAUGCAGUAUUACUAACUAGUAUAUGCAGUCUUAUGCUAGAUGAAUAGUUCAGUAGUUGGAACUUAUAUUGAAUCAUGUUAAAAGUGAGACAAUUUUAACAAGAUUUUUGGGCAAUUAUUGUUCAUGUUUAGGUUUACUAUCAUUUUUGUACUUACUAUAAUGCAGUCUUGGGGCAGUUUUGAUAUUUUCUUCUACUUGUUUGUAUCCAGUAAAACAUGUUGGCUUUAACAACUUGACUGGAUAUUUCUUUCAUUUUUUUUUUUACUAGUAAUUACCUAUUUACCACGUUUAAAGACUUUUAUCUAGUUUGAAAGCUGGCCAAACCUCACAAUGUUUUUAUUUUUUGCUUUAUUUUUCGAUUAGAAUCAAUUAGUCAAAGUAAAAAUGCCGCUUGGGGAAAAGAAGGAUUUGAGAAUAAAAGAAAAAAAGUUUACAUAUAGAUUAGAUCUGACUGAAGACAUUAUGUUGUCUAUCAGGCUCAACUGAUGUGAAAUAACAUGAGCUUUUUUGUACACAUUUAACCUUUCUGCAGUCUUAAGGAAAGGGAUCACUUAGACUCCAUGGGUUUUUUACUCUGUGUGUGUUUUAGUCUGACAGGAUUGUACUCACCCUGUGUGUGAUUUCUUCUUUAACGUUUUAUUGGCUCUAAUGGUCUUAUUUGAAAGUUGUCAGAUAGGAAAGCAGGUUGUGAAUUUGCUAAUCCAGAGCACAGAAUAUUUAAGGCCGGCUGUUUCUUCCUUCAUUGUCACUCUCAUCACCCACUCUGCUUCCUCAUGCAUGUGGUGCUCUGCUGCUAGGCCUCAUCUCACCUCCUCAUUCACAUACGUCUUUGUUUUUGCAUCUUAGCACUUCCAUAUACAUACAGCACAUCCAAGUAUGUGCAUUACGCCACUGAUAAUGACAUGCACAUUCUAUUAUAGUUUUUGUUAAUAAAUCCUUUUUCUGUUAUGACCCUGAGCCAGUCGUAACAAAUCUUAUAAAAAUGAAUAUUAUAUAUUAUUUUUUUAUUUUACUUUUGGAGCAUUAUGGUGACCGAAUUCUAAAAUUUACUUGGAGAUUAUCUGUUUUAUUUAAUAUGUAGGUCACAUAAACAAAUUUUAAUGUAAAUGUUAGAAUGCACACAAUACAUUUUUUACAGUACAAAACAUAAAAGAAACCAAAAACAGCUUCUUCUUUUUUUAAACAUGUUAGACUAUUUGACUGAAAGAUAACACUGAUUUUAUUGUAUUAUAUUAUAUUGAUUUACUUGUUGAAGUUUUACUUUUGUACAUUAUGGUUACAAGUCAACAUAAAUUUGAAUGUUUGGAGACUUUAUGAAAGUAUUACCAUAAGAAUGUGGGGAAAUAGAAAUGCUCUGUGCAUAUGAGUGUUUUACAUUUCUAAGCUGUUGUCAGAUCAUUUUUGUGGAAGGUGUUCAACUUUUUAUUGACGGUAAUGUAAAAGGCGUAUACCAUUAUUUUUAUUUAUUUCUCUUCCUAGUUGUGUUCAGACUCGUAGGUCACAAUGACUAUAAUCUCCAUAAACGAGAUUUUAAAAAAGAACAAAGAAAAAAGUAAGCACAAGAGAUUGAAUGUUGCAGGUGAGUGAUGGAAUUGAGUAGAAUGCUAGCAUUAAUGCAAAAUAGUUAAAACUCAAGAUAUAGAAGCAUUUAGAUAGACAUAGUCUCUGUUCAUACUGUGAUCAUCGGAAUUAUCACUCUAAUGCUGAUGAACAUCAGUUCUCCCAUUUCUGAAAACUGCUGACGCAUCAUAAUACUUUAUACUUCGUGUCAUGGAGUUUAUGAGAGAGUCUUAAUUUUCUUGCAUUAGAUCCCAUACUUUACUCCUAAGGUUUUAACGUCACUAAUAUUAAUAUUUUGCAAAAAGGUCCACGUCUCAUUCCACUCAACUUUUAAGUUCAUCUCCUUCAACGCUAUAUUUCCUUUUACUUUAUUUAAAAAGCAUUAUUUUAUCCAAUAAAAAUUGUGCUCACAAACAACAGCUGUGAUCACCCAUUUUUACCCAUCUGAUGUUUUUGUUUGUUUUUGGUGGGUGAGGAGAUAUUCAUCGUCUUUGCCUGUAUUUAGUUCCACAAUGCUCACCCACACUUCCACAGAUUACCAUUCUAACAAAAAGUGCUAACUCCAUUCUUUUUGUAAUUUUAUAAGUAUUGACACACCAAUUUGCCAUCCAUUGUCUACACCUGCUGUUCUCCAGCAGCCAUUGGGCGAGAGGCAGGGUACACCAUGGACAGGUCCAUCACAGGUCAACACACACAGGACAAACAACCAUGUACUUUCACAUUCACUCACCAAAGGGCAAUUUGGAGAGACCAUUAAAUCUAACAUGUUUUUGGACUGUGGGAGGAAGCUGGAGUACAUGGAAAGAAUUCACAUGUGCACAGGGAGAACAUGCAAACUGCAUGCAGAAAAGCCCCAGGAUGGGAUUCAAACCCAGGACCUUCUUGUAGCAAGGCAGCAGUGGUACCAACUUAGGCAUUGUGCAAACCUCACCGUCCCCCAUUUCUCACAGUUCCCUUAAAAGUAUUUUUUCUGACCGCAGUCAUAGAGAGUGACAGACUUCAAGGCUUCUAGGUGUCUGCACACAUUACAGAUCCAAUGUCACCAUCCAUACACAAUAGUGCCUUUCUGUUGUAGUUGACUCAAAAGGCUCUUUUUAGUUCAGAAGAGGGUUUUUAAAAAUAAAAGCCAGUGGAAAGGCUGGUGGUAAUUCAUGCAUGUUUCAAACAUUAAAUAUUUUUAGGUUAUUUGGCUCUAAAAUAUGGUGAUAUAUGCCCUCUAAGGCAUUUUAACAUCCUUCUUUUUAAAUGUGUUGGAAUGUACAGUACAAUGUGCCUCUAUCUGUUGAAGGGUAACUGUUUUUUUUGUUGUUGUUGUUGUGCUUUUAAAGGAUAAUGUGUUGAUCUCAGCUCAGUUUCAUUUGGUUCUCAUUUUUUACCGUGAUGCAAUAAAUCAUGUGAUCUCAUCUGAAUAACAUUUAUGUUGCUUUUGCAAAACUGCAAAAUAAAUGGAAACUCAGAUUGAAAGUAGCUGUAUUAUCCUUUUAAGCAAGUGCUCAGAAAUAAAUAAUAAUAAUAAUUAUAUUGUAGAGUGAAGCUUUACAUUAAAAUAGAAUUAGUAUUAUGAUUAUGUGGAAUGGUGAACUAAUGUUUCUACACAAUUUCAAUGUUGUAUCAUACUACUUUUACUGAGCCUGAAAUGUUUUGUAUUUGCUUUGCAUCAGACAGUAUUAAUCUUUUCUGCUUUAUGUAGGUUUAUUGCAAUGGUCCUCUGCAUAGUUUCAUGUUUACAUGUGUCUUGAUAUGUGUACGAUACAACAUAGCUGUGGCUUGUUGCAGUAUCAGAAGAAAAAAAGAAAAUGUAAAGUAAUUAUUAUUUGAUGUUGGUUAUCAAAAACAAUGGGAGAUAUUGUAGUAAUUCACAACAUUUAUAAAUCUCAGAGCACCUAACUCUUCAAAUUUGGACUUCCACUGAAGAAUCAUUGAAAGUUAAUUCUGUAAUGUUGGGUCUAAUAAAGAAGAAUCCUAAGCUUGCUUUCUAAUUUCCAAUUAAUGCCUCCUUUCAGUUUUUCUGUAAAAAAUAAUAGAAAUAUGUAAUGGAUUAAUUUGCACUCCCUUCUACUAGUAAACUGCUGUGACACAACUGUAUAAUAAUGUUGGUUCGAUGAUCGAUUCUGUAAGUACAAAUGCAUGUCAUUGAUUCUGCCUGAACAAUAAAGUAGUCACAAUUGAGAUUAUACAAAUGUUGUGUAUUAUACAAUUUGACCUCAUAUAAAGUGCCAAUAUUUCUUGUUUUCUCUGUAUUGAUGUACGAGAUUACCUAAUAAAUUCAAACUGUAACUGUGUCAGCUUGUAAAGGCUAUAACAUGUCCUAGGACAAGCAUAUGAAGUUGCUUUGUUCAAAUAAACCCAAAUUUGUGACACUC